CUAAUGACACGUGUAUUCAAGAUGGCGGCAGCGGCUAUGGAGACGUGGUUGGCCCUGCUGCUGUUGUCUCUGUCACCUGUGGUCCAGCCCUUCUACGUUCCCGGGGUUGCUCCCCAAGACUUUCGUGAAAGUGAGCUUGUAGAGAUUAAGGCAGUGAAGCUGACAAGCUCCCGAACCCAGCUCCCGUACGAGUACUACUCCUUGCCUUUCUGCAAGCCACAGGCUGUGCUCUACAAGGCAGAGAACCUGGGAGAGGUGCUGCGCGGGGACCGUAUUGUGAACACACUCUACAACGUUGCGAUGAACCAGGACAAGAAAUGUGAGGUGGUGUGUAAAAAGACAACACUUACCCUGGAGGAGAGCAAGCUGGUGGCUGAGCGCAUCCAGGAGGAGUACUACGUUCACCUUAUUGCAGAUAAUCUUCCAGUAGCCACCAGGCUGGAGUUCUACCCUAACAGAGACGCAGGAGGAGAGGAUGAGCAGAAGAAGGACGUCGUGAAGGACAUCCAGUUUGAACAUGGCUACAGACUGGGAUUUGCAGACAACAACAAGUUCUAUCUGCACAACCACCUGUCCUUCAUUCUGUACUACCAUAGAGAGAGGCUGGAGGAGGGGAACGACCACGAUUAUAGGGUCGUACGGUUCGAGGUGGUGCCACAGAGCGUCAAAGUAGACGACCUGAAGCAUGUUGACGAGAUGUGCACCUUGCCUGAGGCCAGUGGCUCCGCGCCACAGGAGAUCGACCCGACCAAGCAAAACGAGGUCCUCUUCACCUACUCUGUCCACUGGGAGGAGAGCCAGGUGAAGUGGGCAUCUCGAUGGGACACGUACCUGACCAUGAGCGAUGUCCAAAUCCACUGGUUCUCCAUCGUCAACUCUGUGGUGGUGGUCUUCUUCCUGUCUGGUAUUCUGAGUAUGAUCAUCAUCAGAACCUUGAGGAAGGACAUUGCCAACUACAACAGAGAAGACGACAUCGAAGACACCAUGGAGGAGUCGGGAUGGAAAAAUGUCCAUGGUGACGUCUUCAGGCCACCUCAGUAUCCCAUGAUCCUCAGCUCCCUCCUGGGCUCAGGCAUCCAACUCUUCUGCAUGAUUCUCAUUGUCAUCUUUGUGGCCAUGUUGGGGAUGUUGUCUCCAUCCAGUAGAGGGGCCCUGAUGACUACUUCCUGCUUCCUUUUCAUGUUUAUGGGUGUAUUUGGUGGGUACUUUGCUGGCAGACUGUACCGCACACUGAAAGGCCAUCGCUGGAAGAAAGGAGCAUUUUGUACAGCAACUUUGUAUCCUGCAGUGGUUUUUGGAAUCUGCUUCGUCCUCAACUGUUUCAUUUGGGGAGAACACUCUUCGGGAGCGGUUCCCUUCACCACCAUGCUGGCACUGUUGUGUAUGUGGUUUGGUAUCUCCAUGCCUCUGGUCUACCUGGGCUACUACUUCGGCUUCCGCAAGCAGCCCUAUGACAAUCCUGUGCGUACAAACCAGAUCCCUCGCCAGGUCCCAGAGCAGCGCUGGUACAUGAACAAGUUUGUCGGAAUCCUGAUGGCAGGUAUCCUGCCGUUUGGCGCCAUGUUCAUUGAGCUCUUCUUCAUCUUCAGCGCCAUCUGGGAGAAUCAGUUCUACUACCUGUUCGGCUUCCUCUUUUUAGUCUUCAUCAUUUUGGUGGUUUCCUGCUCCCAGAUCAGCAUCGUCAUGGUGUACUUCCAGCUCUGUGCAGAGGACUACCGGUGGUGGUGGAGAACGUUCCUGGUGUCGGGCGGUUCAGCCUUCUACGUCCUCGUUUAUGCCAUCUUCUACUUUAUCAACAAGCUGGACAUAGUGGAGUUCAUCCCCUCCCUCCUGUACUUCGGCUACACGACCCUGAUGGUGCUGUCCUUCUGGCUGCUGACGGGCACAAUCGGCUUCUACGCAGCCUACAUGUUCAUCAGGAAAAUCUACGCCGCCGUUAAGAUCGACUGAGUCAUCACUGUUGCUGCUGUUCUUUUUUCUUUUGAGGGGUUUUUUUGUUUUUGUUUUUGUUUUGUUUUUGUUUUUAUUUUUUAUUUUUUUUCUUCCCCCUCUGCCCGAAUCGUAAGCACUGACUGGUGUGUUUGGAAGGAAGCGUGAGGUGGUGUUUUUAAUGACGUGACUGCUCCACCCGCUGGCUUUGAGGGGAAAGAACAGCACAAGGGUGGAUCCGGCUACGCUGUUUCCCUCCCUCCCUCCCUCCUUCCCUCCCUCCCUCCUUUAUUGGACAGAGAUGCAGAGAGAGGGUGUCCUCUGACCGGACCAUUACUCUUCUAGUUUACCUUGCACACAACACAGAGGGCCAAAGGACUUGGCUUGAGUGUCUCCUGUACGUUUUCUGUUUUGUCUUGUCAUCGCUGUGUCGAGUUGUCAGUCCAGUUUGACUUAUCCACGUUUUUAUUUUCUCCGCUACAGAAUUGGACUCAGAAUUUAACUUUUAAAUACGACCCGGGGAAGAUAUUCUACUACCAUUUCUGUACACACAUUCUGUCUGGGCUGUUUUCCGUGUUUCUGCCCUAUGAUUUCUCGUUUUGUGGAUCUGAGAGACUUUUUACAGUCAAAGGUCAAGGGAUCAAACUGUGGUUACGGCGUAAGUUUUUUGUUUUUUUUCCGGUCGAGCUUAUAUGGAAAUUAUGCCGGGAAAUUCCACAGCAUAACAUGAGAAACGAUAUUAAAUUGUUGUAUUAUUUUCACUGCCCUUUCCGUGUCCUGGUGUGACAGUUUUACCCACAAAACAUCCAUCUCUCCCUUCCAGCAGGAAAUAGUCUCUCUGUUCUUGAAACAUCAGUCCAGUUUUCCCAAAUGGUGGUAAACAGCACUGAGAAGAAGCUAGCAUGUUAAAGUAUGUGGACUUAGGUGAAUUGAUGGACUACGAGGCUCGGAGGAGUCGCCGACCUGUGCGGACAUCCAGGAGGAAAACACUGUCAGAUGAAAAACCCUGAAAACGUCGAGCUGCGAUUUGUCGGUGACAUGAAACUACGUGAUCCCAUGGAGGGGUUCCAGUUUGAACUGUGUCUACACCCCCCCACACACAAACACAUCAUCGUCAUCAUCACCUCGCACCAACAGUGUAGCAUAAGCAGAGCCUGACGGCCUGCUGAUCUAUGCAUAUAUGGAAGGGUGGGAUAACACAUGCUGCUUGAUGUGUCUCGGUCAAAGUCGUAUUUGUUAAAGCAUGAUUUUGGACACCCUGUCAAAUGUAUGAAACUGUGGGUACAGCUUCAUGGGAAAAAACAUUUUUCGAGGGUCUUGCUGGUCACCUGUCAUUCUGCCAGCAGAGGUGGUGUUUAGUUUACCGGUGUCUCUCAGAGCGUUUUAUUCCGACAAAAGCUUCAAUUUGAGGAUGUGAAGGUGAAGUGUUGAUUUCUCAGUGCUUUUCUGUUGUCGGCUAAACCUCCAAAAUGUAAAACUUUUCUCAAGAAGUCCGGCGGCAGACAGUCUAGUCUUUCAUUAUAAGUACAAACAUGAACAUCUCCAGUAAGAAGGUCUUGAACAAACAUCAGCAGAUGAACACCAGGAAGAUCCACUCAUGCAGAGCUGCAGCGCUUAAGUGCGGGCCGUGUCUGGUAUGUGUUCAUGUCAGUGGUACACAGUGACACAGCAGCGCCACCUCAUGCCGCUGUGAGGCAGAGGCAGGCUGACACACGGUGUAGGUGCGAGUGCUGGGCUGCCGUGCCAAGACGGACUACAGGAAUCCGUACUAACCCAUGAGGACCUCUCUUUGACCCGGGUGCUUGCUAGGCUUGAUGGAUGUGAAGGCUGGCGUUGGGUCAGAGGAAGAGGUGGCAGGUUUAACAUCCCAGCAGACGGACUAGCUUUUACAGCAGUGUUUUCAUAGUUAUGCUCUCAGCAGUGGGGGUGGGGGGGAUCUGUAGUCUGUAGCCAUUCCUUAGACAAGAAAACAUCUACCAAGGCCAAGUUCUAGUGAGCCGAUGGGGUCAAUAACAGGGUGCUGGGCACACGAGACCUUUUCCAAACAGCUGACAUGAUCCAAAGGAUUGUUCCUGUUGGGCGCGAUUUCCACAGAACUUGUAUUUAUCUCGACACAACAAUUCUAUGGUUAUGUUAAAAUUGACAACUGGAGAUCAGUGUUUGAAGGGUUUGAAAGACGGGGGUGUUUGCCAGUGCAUGGAACUAAAGAAGGUAAAGGUGAUAUUUUUUGUGUAUUUUUUUUUUCUUAUCCGGACAGGAUCUCGCAGAGGGAAGAUUGGUGCCUAUAUAUCAGCCCUGAUUUUUCCAGGGGUGACGUGAUUUACAGUGAACCACUGAAUGAAUGAAUGGCUUUGUUUUCUUCCUUUCUUACGACUACGAAUCAGACAAAACACGAACAGCAGGUAUCUGAGAAUUGGUUCUGGAGGAACAAGCGAAAUUGGUGAAUUCACAACCCCGACUAUCCCGUAAAAGUCCCAUUUGGUCCAACUUGAUAUUCACCUGGAGAAUUCACUCGUUUAAAACUUCGAUAUUUGGAAAUGUCCUUUUGGUUUGGAGCGUCUCUAAUUUGCAUCCCUUUCUUUUCCUCCACCCAAUUCUCUCCAUCUCGUUGGAAUUUAACUGUCUUGCUGUCUCCGGUGUACAGACAGAAUGACACGUCUCUGGGAAGUGACAUCCGCAUCCAUACCAGGGCAGGGUUUUUUACAGACAGAUUCAGCAGCCCGAGUCAUGCCUGGUUACGUAUGAAUGAGGGUCUGAAACCAUGUAAAUAAACAAGAGGCUUUGUAUCGUUGCGUUUUGCUGUUUGUGGCGCUCUCUGUAAGUAUAAAUCCUGUCAUUGUUUUAGCCAAAAGCAUGAUGCUAAUGCUGAUUUUUAAAGAACUUUAUUGUUUGUUUGUUUGUUUGUUUGUUUUCAUUUUGGUUUCUAUUACAGAAUGUCCAAUUAUAAAAAAUGUAUGACAAAACAAUAAAGAGCUAACAAGUUGAAUAUGAAAA